CGGGUUUCCCCGAUCUCUUCCUCCCCCUCUAUCUCUCCCUCUCCCUCUCCCUCUUCCUCUCUCCUACCACAUCUCCAGCCCUCUUCUCGGCCCGACGGCGUUCCACCCCCUACCCUCUUUUCCCGCCAGCGCCGUUCCUUCCUCUGCGGUAGCCCUGCGUGAAGCACACGGCGGUGGUCCUCGUCAACCAAAUCGUCGCCACAUCGCGUUCUCCCCGGCGAGGAUCUGUAGGCGAGCUCGCCGUCCAUAUCCGCCCAAGCCACCCCCAGCUCGUCGCAGUAGCAGCAACACAACAACCAUGAGUCUUGCUUGUCUUGUAUGCCAUGGCAUGAGCAGCUCCUCACACUCUCUUAGAAGCUACUCGGUGUCAAGUUCAGAGGAGGAAAGCCGAUGUGGAGCUGCUGUGGCCUGCUUAGCUCGAAGAGUAACACCAGCUGGAACUUCUACUAGUGCUGGGACAUCGAAAGUGACCCCCUUUCCACCCAUUGUGAGUGGUCAAGUUGGCACGGAGGGCACUCCUCGACUUCAACGCAGCCGUGCUGUGUCCAGGGACCUUGUUAGAGAUUGGAACUUUGACGAAGUAAUUGUCGCAAAUUAGGGUAACCUUCAACAGUUGUCAGCUGGGCUUUGUGCUCUAUUUAUCAGGGAGGAGAUUCCUUCAUUUGAUAUAUAUUUCUUUUCAUAGUAGACGUCUGGAAGUCCAUUACUAUAUACUUAAUGACUUAGACGAGGAAAUGCUCGAGAGGGAUAAUAUCUUUCAGGAGCGAUAUCUGGAUUGUUGCAGUUAUAUAUGCUCGCGUAUCUAUGUAGCUAGGAUAAAUGUUUAAGUGUCUUUUCCUAUUUUCAAAUAUGUAUAAGUUGACAUGUACCUUUAUGUAUAUUAUUAUGAACGAAUCCAACUUCUGACCUCGAUCUGAUAUUGAAAACGGAAGUGAUGUUUUGGUGC